AUGAACCUGGUUCUUGCAGGCAAGGGGUUAGACGUAUUUGAGGUCGUUAGGCUCUCUCUUAAAGAUGUCGACUCUUCUGGCGGCGGUGGUGAAUACAUCGCUUUGAUCCCACUCACUGACAAGCGCCUGCGACCGCAGCGAAUCACAGUGAAGAUUUUCAUCACUGUCAUUCUCUGCCUGGCCCUCUCUGGUCUCCUAGUCUUUUUCCUCCUGCCCCGUUCUAUCAGACUCCAGUCCUCUGCCUCCGUACUCCUGCCCAGCGAUGUGCAAAUCAAGGACGAUGUUGUCUCCUUAAACUUCUCUGUAAGCUGCUUUUUCUCUUCCUCCCUUUCGCCAUCCACUCACUCCAUCCUCGCGUUCGUCAGCGCAAUCGUGAACGUGUAUCCCUUCAAUGUGACGAAUUGGAACUACGUGCCCCUAUAUGUAGAGACUGUGAAUUUGCUUUCGCUCUACCAUUCCACAGUUUUGAACGUAGGUAAUGCCAGGCUGAACGAGUGGGUACCCGCCCGUACGACCAGGGAGCUACAUGUCUACCAAAUCCUUGAAUUCGACGAACCUGUCUUCUCCAUGUAUCUCCCGAAGCUUUGCCUCAGUAACAAUACCGAAUACAACCAAAUUUACAUUAGCUUUGUAACAAGCAUCCAAGUUAACGCUUUGAGUCAACGUUUCGAAUCAGUCAUGGACACCGUUCAACUGGUUAGUUGCCAUCCAAAAUAUCAGGUCCCUUCUCAACUCUGA